GCUGUCACAGGGUGUAUGAAAUAUAACCUCCACUUAUUUUGGAUUAAAAUCAACUAGUUUAGUGGAGUUUGUUUUGGAUUUAUUGGCAGAGAACUUUCCCACCACCCCCUAAAACCCUCCAUCGCUGCAUCUUGCCUUUUGAUUGACCGCUCCAUAUUUUUUUUUCUGCGUGCUGAAUAUUCCUCCUGCUGGAGAAAGGAGAAAAAACAACACAGGGGGGAAACUGAGGAAGAAGACACACAGCGGAAAAUAAAGGACGUGGAGUUAAAAAAAAGAAAAAAAAAAGAAAGUGAAAUAACAGGAGAUUAGCAGGAAGACUGGAGGAGCAGGUUGGAAAGAAAGCGAGAAGACACUGCGCAAGUGGAGAGCGAGACUUGCCUUUAUAAGCCUGUCAUUUCAUUCUUAUAGAAGUCGGUGCUUUUGUGUGAAGAUUUUUUUUUUUUUCGUUCCUCAUCUGCUGAUUAAAAAGGAGGCAACACCAUGACAACAGAGAUGCAGGAGAUCGCCAUCACGGAGGAGAAGCCUUUACUCACGGGUCAGGCUGAUGCCAAGGAUGCUGAGCUGGCUGCGAGGAUACUCCUGGACCAAGGACAAGAGCACAAUAUUGAGACCCCACAUGGUGUUCUGCACGUGACCCUCCACGGCACACGAACCACCCGCAGGCCUGCCAUCCUCACCUUCCACGAUGUGGGUCUGGACAAUAAGAGCUGCUUCUCCCCUCUUUUCAAGUUUGAUGAGAUGCAGGAGAUUGUCAAGAACUUUACCCUGAUUCACGUCGAUGCUCCGGGGCAGGAGGAGGGGGCUGCUCCCUACCCCACAGGUUACCAGUAUCCCUCCAUGGACACCGUAGCAGAGAUGAUUCCCUCCGUCCUGCAGUUUUUCAACUUCCGCACUGUAAUCGGAGUGGGUGUGGGAGUGGGAGCAUACGUCCUCUCCAAGUUCACACUUGCGAACCCAGAUUCAGUUGAAGGUCUGGUUCUGAUCAACAUCGACACUAACGCCCGAGGAUGGAUAGACUGGGCUGCUCAGAAGCUCAGCUCCGUGACGUCCUCCUUCACAGAGCAGAUCCUGUGCCACCUUUUCAGUCAGGAGGAGCUGUCAUCAAACACAGAGCUAGUGCAGUCCCACAGAGAGCGCAUCUCCAAAGCUUCUAAUCUGGUCAACAUAGAGCUCUUAUGGAAGACUUACAACAGUCGCAGAGACUUGAGCAUCGACCGCAACAACACCUUUAAGUGUCCAGUAAUGUUGGUGGUGGGUGAUCAGGCUCCCUAUGAGGACGCUGCUGUGGAAUGCAACAGCAAAAUGGACCCAACAACAACCUCAUUCCUAAAGAUGGCUGAUGCUGGUGGUCUCCCUCAGCUGACCCAGCCUGGGAAACUGACCGAGGCUUUCAAGUACUUCAUCCAGGGAAUGGGCUACAUGGCUUCAUCAUGCAUGACCCGUCUGUCCCGCUCACGCACCACCUCCCUCUCCUCCUCCUACUCCAUGGAUGGGUCCCGCUCUCGCUCCCGCACCUUGUCCCAGGGCUCGCAGGGUGGCCAGAUGCCGCCCAGCCCCUCCCAAACGAUGGAGGUGUCUUGCUGAAGGGAGAAAACAAAAAAAUGAUAGGGAGAGAGAGCGAGAAAGAGAAGAGGGCAAAGGCGAAAGGAAGGGAAAGAUGAAGCAUGACGAUAAUGUAGGAACAAGAUGAAUGGGUUACUUAUUUGUCACUAAACAACUCCCAUCAUUCCCCACAAGAGCAGAAUAGGACUAGAGACAGGAGGAGGGAGGGAGGGAGAGAAUUAGAGUGAUUUCAGAACGAGAUAGAAACCUGUCUUGUACAUUUUGCACCACACUUAAGUCCAGUCCUUCUCCUCACAUCCCCCUUCCAGCUUAAAACAAAGUGGACUGGGCUGUUCUACUAUGAAUAUAGGAAGUAUAGGUCAGAAGAGAAUAACAAAAUGGGGGGAGGUGGGGAAAGAGUGGCCACCAGUCCUCUCUCCCUCCCGCUAUUGGAGCCUCUGUCAGCCAAUAGAGCCCUUUAAUUUAGAUACGGAGGCCUAUAGUCCACACACCUUGCGUUAACCAAUAGUAAUAAUCCUGAAAACGGUAUUGUUGUUGAUGCUGAUGAUAAUGUUGUUUGAUUAUGAUAUUGAAGCUAAUGAUGAUGAUAGAAAAAAAAGUAACUUUUUCUCUUUAUUACGCAAUGAGUUUAAAACGACAUAGAUUAAAAAAAAAUACCAUACUAUAGCAGAGAUACUUAUAACAAUGUGUGUCUACUACUUUUUAAGCUAGUUUUUAUUGUGUUAUUUUAAUUUCUUUAAUCGGAUUUUAUUUCCGCAUUUGUAAACCUGCCUCAGCAAACAGCUGACGCUGCUGAUUGGUUGACCCGUUGUGCGGCAGCAGCCAAUGAGAGCCAUUAUAGUGACUACUUCCUCCUUGAUGUUGCCAGGUCCUUUAUGUCUUCCAUUUGCCCCGUCUAUGAGUGACUGUUUUGUUUUUCCAUUGGAUUUGAGGAGGUGGGCAGGAAGGUUUUUUAUUUUAAAUUUUUUGUUUGUUUCCUUUUUUUUAUGGACUUGGAAGUUGCAUGCCUGGUAUCAGCCCAUGUGGAUAUUGACUGGAUAAUAUUUUUCUUUUAUAUUCUGCUAAUGAGUUGUGUGAGUUCGAGUGUGUGUGUGUGUGUGUGUGUGUACUGUUUUGUUUCCAUGGAGCGUUUAGCAAACGUGGUCUGAAGGUAAGCAUAUAGGUGAGACUGAAGGUGUUAGCUCCAGCUAGCUAGCGCCCUAUCGUUAACUAGUCGCACACUAAAUAGUGCUUCCAAUAUCGCUGGCAAUCUCGCACUGCGUCGCCUAGUAUCCAGGCUUGCGUACUACCCAAACUGGGGUGCAUAAUAUCGCUAAGUAGCAUGCUAGCAUGGAUAUUGCAUUUCAGUGUUAGGCGUGGCCAGAAAGGGAUCACUGUGUUUAUCACCUGGGGUUGUAAUCUUCUAGCCUUGCCCGUGCAUGGAUACCUCCUAACAAACCCAGCUAGCAUACUUGAGUUUCUGUGCGACGUGAGGUAAAGUGAGCUCCUCUUUCGCAACUAGCGGCUUUAUUCAAGCAGUGGGUUCAAGAGAAUCAUGUUGCGGUUGUUGCAAUAUAUGUGUGUCCGAGGAAGUAAAUGCGAGGUGUAUGGAAGCGCUUGUGUCUUGUAAGCACAAUUGAUGCAGCAAAGAGGGUUAGGGUCCUUUAGAAAGGUUUAGUUAUUUAGUUUUGAGACCAACAAAUCGCCCCUGUGACUUAUCAAGACAAUGUACCAGCCCCUUCACUGCCAACACAAGAACAAUGUUGCCACUGGGGCUGCACCUUUUGGUACAGCCUCAAUCAUACGAGGCAAAAGAUUUAGUCUUUUGUUUUGAGACUAAAAAUGAACAGCCAAUAUCUGCACCUUGAACCAAUCUGGAAUUGCAGCGUUCUUACUGCCAAAACUGAGAGCCCACUUAAUCUAAACUCAUCAUAAAGCUUACCACUGCCCUACAACAUGUAGCCAUUGGACUGUCUGUACUUUUAAAAGGACCCCUAUUUGGACCCAAUCAAAUAUCCUUGAAGCGCAUGUGCAUUUGUAAGCGUGCCACCUGUGUGUGUGCAUGCAUUUGUGUUCUGAUGCAGCGUUGCAUCUGGUUAUUCUUUUCUUUAAUAAGCAGUAUCAUUUUUAUAAGUCGGUUGGAGGUUCCUUUCACAUGCUGUCUAGUGCUCCUUUCCCAAACAUGUUUGAUGAAGCAGAGACGGAGCAGUGAUUUGGACAACAGUGACAGGGAAGUCAGUGGAAGGCCUCAGAGAGAUGUUAAUGAUGGUAGUGACGAUGAUGAUGAAGGCAAUAAUCUGUUCUCAGUCCCCUCUGGCUCAUCACAAUGUGCAGUUUACACCUCUUGCAUUUAUUAAGGAGAAUCUUGAUGAUCAGAUUUGUGCUAUAAUGCAAAAUGUGAUGUUUUAGGCACUUUUGUUGCUGUCCAGAGAGCUGAAGUGUAGAAUGUAAACAUUUGGCUCCCAGACUGAAAUUAAAACUCAAAUGAUCGGGCAUGGGAGCAUCUACCAAAUGAGAGAUACCAGAUAGAGCUUGAUCAGUUAAAUUGCCAAAAAUGGAAAACGAGUGGAACUUAUUUUCAGAGAGGUGAGCAGGGCUGUGUGAUUGUAAAUGCUUGUCCAUUUUGUCUUUUGUCUCUUAAUUUUUACUUUGAUCACAUUUUACUUCCCCCCUCUAUGUUUUGAAAUUCAAAUAUUUUUUUUUUUUUUUUUUAAUCUCUGUGAAGUGUUAGUUUACCGUCCCAAUGUGCUCACAAGUUAGUUAACCGUGUGAUAGUUCUUGUGUAACUUUUUUAGCAUUAGCACUGAUAAGGGAGAAUAAUAUAAUUAACAAUGGAAAAAAAAAGAUUAAAGGUAAAGAGAAUACAAUCAGUUUUAUUUGUGUGGCUAAUUUCUCUGUGUAACACAAUGAACAUCCUAAAAAAAAAAGCAAACUUAAAUAUUAAUAAAAGCUUAAGCGAAA